AGCGCUAGCGCGUAUCUUUAGCUAUUGGCUCAUACGCAUGUCAAUCACUGAAGCCCACCGCUGAUUGGAUAAGGCGGACGUUUCCGUUAGUACUGACGUCAUUAUCCCCGCCUUCACUGACACUGACCGUCGAGGCUCCAGCUUGUACACCGACAUGGACGACUUUGACCUGCUGAACACUGAUAAUGGUGUCUGUGGGGCAGAUGAAGACCCUGCAGCAGCUUUUCUCGCCCAGCAGGAGACUGAGAUAGAGAACAUAGAGAAUGAUGAAGGCUUCAGUAUCCUGGACUCUGGAGAGGUUCCUCACAGCCUCAUGGACAACAACGACGGAGCACUGAAUGGAGAUCUGCAUGAGACUAAUGGCCCUUCUGAUGUGUACGCUGCAAUCACCAGCGCUGACCGCAUGCAGGCAGAGCCUGAAAGUCUGCGCAAGUGGAGGGAGGAGCAGAGCAGUAGACUGGAGGCUCUGGAUGAGAACUCCCGUCAACAAGAGAUUGAGUGGAAGGAGAAAGCAAAGCAGGAGUUGGAGGAGUGGAACGCUCGACAAGAGGAACAGCUCGCUAAGACUAAAGUCAACAACAGGGUUUUGGACGAGGAUUUCUACAAACAGCCCUUCGCUCAGCUGAUUGGUUAUGUCACUCAUAUUAACCAUCCUUGCUACCGCCUAGACCAGGCGGCAGAGGACGUGAUCCGCUCUGAGGUGGAUGACAGCAGUCCAGGGACGGAGUGGGAGCGAGUGGCGCGACUCUGUGACUUCAACCCCAAAUCCAGCAAACAGGCCAAAGACGUGUCUCGCAUGCGCUCGGUCCUCAUCUCCCUCAAACAGACCCCACUCGUCCGCUAGAACACACACUCCCUCAUACACACACUCACCUUCUACACAGUGGGCCGCAUCACUUCCUGUCUGUGCUCACUGAAAGUCUCACACACGUUAAAUAUAAAUAUAUACACUAUCAUGACACAACAUAUUUACACACUGUUAACUAAACACCUCCCAGCAGCCCCUGGGGCAGAUCUAUUCCUCUGAGUAACAAACACACACACAUUCCAUAAUUAUAUCCACAUGUAGUAAUGAUGAUGAUGAUGAUCUUCACUUUAUGGUUUGUUUAUUUUAUGGACCAAACUCCAGCCGUGUGUGUGUGUGUGUGUGUGUGUGUGUUAUCUAAUCUAUGCAGGAAUGAAGUAUAAACAUUGUGUGUGUUAUUGAUUUUGUGUGUGUGUGUGAGUGUUAAAAAGACCGGGCCAGUGUACACAAUACAGCUAGUUGGUUAGAAUUGGACUUUGGUUCUUCUUCUUGUUUUCGUUGCUGAAUCUGAUUAAAUGGGGAUGAAACCUUCAA